GAUUUCAAUAGGCUCACAAUGUCUCGGACUUUCCACCGAAAGGUCUGACUUGCGUUUUCCAGUCGGUCAGCGGCGAUGGCUCAAACGAAACUUCCUGCAGAUGCGUCAAUGGUAAUCCUUUUCGCCACCUCCCAUCGAAUGACAAUAUCUCUUCCCUGUACACCGGACCAAGCAAAGGGACCGCAGCAAUGGAGGCCGUCUUGUGUUUGUCCAUCGUGACCUCGUCGGGCACGCUCGACCAGCGAUGCGGAACCCUCCGAGACGGUCGUUUCGUCCCCGGCAACGGCAGCCUGGCAUCCCUCAUCACCUCCUCGCUCUUCGACCGAAUGCUGAAGCAUCGGGACGACGCGGCCUGCCCCGCCAAAGGAUUCUACACCUACGACGCCUUCGUAGCCGCGGCGGCCGCGUUUCGCGGGUUCGCCACCACGGGCGACGCCGACACUCGCAAGCGGGAGGUCGCCGCUUUCCUGGCACAGACCUCCCACGAAACCACUGGUGGGUGGGCGACAGCACCCGAUGGUCCGUUCGCCUGGGGCUACUGUUAUCUCCAAGAACAAGGCGAUCCAAGCGAUUACUGUCUCCCGAGCUCUCAGUACCCAUGCGCUGCCGGCAAGAAGUACUACGGCCGAGGGCCUUUCCAGAUCUCCUAUAACUAUAACUACGAGAGUGUCGAAGAAGCCAUUGGCAUGGACCUACUAAGCAUCCCGGAGCUGGUGACCACCGACAGAGUCAUCUCGUUUAAGACAACCAUAUUCUGGAUGAUGCCUCAGUCCCCCAAGCUAUCGUGCCAUGAGGUCAUUGUCGGGAAGUGGACGCCGUCGGAUGUCGAUCGGUUGGCGGGACGGGUUCCGGGAUAUGGGACCGUCACCAACAUCAUCAACGGAGGGGUGGAGUGCGGGAAGGGGUUCGAUGCCAAUGGCGCAGAUAGGAUUAGGUUCUACAAGAGGUAUUGCGACAUACUCGGCGUGAGCUAUGGAGAUCAUCUCUACUGCUAUCGACGAUCUCUAUAUAUAUAUAUAUUAUUCACAAUCCUUCAAUAA